AUGCCCGAGACCACCCGGGAACAGCUCAAAAAGGCAUUGGACGACGCAUGGGCACGAACGCAGCACCAAAGCUUCCUUCUCUUCUUCUGGUGGGGUCUCCAAAUGAACCUGGCCUGUAUUGGCGUCUGGGCACUUGCCGAGCUUGAAAGCCCUCAGAAAUUUCAAAUGGGAGGUCCUGGCGAUUUUGACAAGAGAGACACGUACAUCCCCGAAAAGGCGGAGCGCUUUUUGUGGUUUCCCUGGCUCACGGGGGGUCUGUGUGCUGCUACGUUGGUCAUCACGCUCGUCGAAAACAUCCUGAGCCUUUUGAACAAAUUGUCCAAAGCGCAGCUCAAGAGCAGUGAGUGGACAAAGGCGGUCUUGUGGUCCAUUUGGCUGGCGUACGUGGGUCUCAAGGCGGCGUUCAUGUUUGGCAAGUUCCGCGAGGAGGGAAAGUUUGAGUACAUAACGGAGGUGGUGGAAUUUCCUACGGAUGAUGGAAGCUUGAUUCAAGCGGUGCAAGUGUGGCCGGAAGAGAAGUCUUAUCCGACCGCAAGCAAUGUGAUUGCGGCGUUUUGCUGGGCAUUUCCGUUCUUGUUCGCGCUGUUGAUCAUGCGCAAGGAGCUGAGGAAAGGCGUUUUCGAUUAG